AAGGAGUAUGUUACUCCGCAAACUUGUAAAUAUGUGUUAGUUUUGCAAAAACCGGCGAGGAAGUAAGAGAUAUGGCAACGGGAAAACGUACUUACAAAAUUAAGGACAAAAACUACGAGGUUAAGUUCGAGUUAGACACUCGUUAUAAGCUGCUAGAGAACAUAGGAAAUGGAGCGUACGGAGUUGUUUGCUCCGCCAUUGAUACGGAGAACGACAGCAAAGUUGCUAUAAAGAAAAUCCCUCGAACUUUUGACGUGGUUACUACAGCGAAACGUACGUACAGAGAGCUCAAGAUCUUGAAACAUUUCAAGCACGAUAAUAUCAUCUCCAUUAAGAAUAUUUUGAAGCCUCCUGAAGAUUUGGAGCAGUUUAACGAUGUCUAUGUGGUCCUGGAUUUGAUGGAAACUGACUUACACCACAUCAUUCAUUCACAACAGCCCCUCACUGAAGAACAUGCUAGGUAUUUUCUGUAUCAAAUCCUUCGAGGAUUAAAGUACAUUCAUUCCGCGAACGUCCUACAUCGGGAUCUCAAACCGAGCAAUCUGCUGGUGAACGAGGAUUGCGAGUUGAAAAUCGGUGAUUUUGGAAUGGCUCGCGGUCUUUCAAGCUCCCCGUCGGAGCAAAAGAGGGUAAUGACAGAGUAUGUAGCUACCAGAUGGUACAGAGCACCAGAGUUAAUGCUUUCGUUGAAUGAAUACUCCGAAGCAAUUGAUAUGUGGUCUGUGGGUUGUAUUUUUGCUGAAAUGCUUGGAAGGAAACAUUUAUUCCCUGGAACUAACUAUUUAAAUCAGUUACAGGUAAGCAUGCUUAAACAAAAUAGUUCAGUUCUUUGCAAAGGUGUCGCUUCGGGUGUCAACGGUGUGAUUUUAGUAUAUCGCACUUUGCUAGUUUUCCUCUGUCCUGUCGAUUAGGUUUGAUAGUUUUACCAAGUAUAUGAAAUGACACGCCAAAAUCAGGGUCUCCUUUGCAGCUGUUGUUUGUGUUGUCAUGCAACGCUGGGGCAGAGCAUUGUGUAAUGCCAGCCUGUUUAGGUGACUAAGAGUUCAUCAGAGGCAUGGACAGCCAAGGGAAGUUGUGGACCAUGCACCUCCCAUCCAGAAAGGCAUCAAAAAUAAAGUCUGACCUUGUAACAACUCGGUUGGCCUGGGUUACUAUUCAGCGGUUGUAAGUAAAGUUACUCCCCCUUUACUCAGUUUGUGCAACCAUUUUGUAUCCUUGUUUAGCUUAUUCUCAGUGUAGUUGGUACUCCAUCAGAGGAAUUCAUCAAGCGUAUGGGUGCAGAGCGAGUAAAGACCUACCUAAGGAGAUUACCACAGAAGCAGCCUGUUCCACUUGAAAAACUUUAUCCCAAGGAUAUGUGUCAUCCAGACGCACUGGACCUCUUGGGGAAAAUGUUAAAACUGGAUCCAAAAGAACGCAUCUCAGUGGGUGAAGCUUUAUCUCACAAGUACUUAGAAAAAUACCACGAUAUUGACGAUGAACCUUUGUGUUUUCCACCUUUUGAAUUUGACUUUGAGGACAUUCCUUUCACGAAAGAUGACCUAAAGGCAAGGAUUCUGAAAGAAAUUGAACAGUUUCACAAAGAUAGGGUGUUGAUUCUUUCUCCUGUGAAUAGCUCUCCAAAAGAAUUGCAGUCAUGUCAAGUGUCAUCAACCCUGUUAAACUUUAGUAGAGGAAAAGACAAAACCACUUCAAAGAAAGGUAUUGAUCUUGCUCCUCCUGUCUUGGGUCAUACUGAAUUAAUAGCUGUUAAGUCAUAGAGGAAAUCCUAAUUUUUUAUCAUGGAAAUUAGUAAUGGCACCAAUGCACGUUCAGAAUUCGCUGGAUAAAAUUUUGGAGUGUGCUGAUUUAAAUGCUCUUCCAAAGUUUUCAACAGUCUCUUUAACAAGGAUAUUCUUUUCAUAAUUCUGUCUCUUGAUUCUGAAUGGUAAAAAAAUUAGCAUUACUGAUAGUCUGAAGUGCUGUAACUCUGUUAAAAUGUAACUCAAUGCCAUAUAAGGUUCAGGUAUCAGUCAUUUCGAUACAAAGGCGUUUUGAUACAAGCUGAUUCGGUUGAGAUGUAAACAGUUUCAUUUACUUGGCUUAAAGAACAGGAAAUGUUCACCCCAAAUGUUUUUCUUGUUCAAGCGCUAACUGUUCUCUAACUGAUCGAAAAUUUUGUUCAGUUUCUUCACCGCUUGAGUUCGUAUCCAAAUGACUUGUAUUGAAAUAACUGGUUUCCAUAUUAAUAUUUCAGUAUCAUCAUUAGCCCUGGCAGAUGUUCGACAGAAAAUGGAACAGACCUUAAAAAGAAAGAAAGACAAAGCAGAAAACAAGGCUAAAAAGUCUAAAGUAGCCAGGAGACAAUCAGAAAAUAAAGAAACAGAAUCAAACAAGGGUACAGGUCUAAGCGACAGUGAUAAGCAAAUGUUACAAAGAUGGGAAAACAUGAGAAAGCAAACCAAGCCAUUUAUUCAUCCCAUAAGAAAAUACAUGAAGGAGCUCAAUGACUUGAAGGAAGAGAUGUUAGGUAGUGACUUGACAGCAUCACAGCCACUUCAACCUCAACAUCUAGUGGGAAGUCAAACUCAGCAACAGUUUCAGUUUACCCAGUUUGUACCACAGAACCAGAAUGGAAACGUGACAGGACUAAAGGCUGUUAAAGUACCAACUCAGACAAUGCCAAAUGUGACCCAGACGUUACAGGGAGGAUGUGUAAUUGCACAGACAGGUAUGUCUACCAAGAAUUAGAAUUGAAAAAUAGUGAUAUCAUGUUACCAUGGUGGCAAGAUUACUAGAUCUCAACAAUCUUUCUUGACAGAGACGACCAUUUGCAUUGUCAAAGGGUGGAAGAAAAGUAUGGGUUACCAUUUUGUUCCCAAGUACAAUCAUGAACAAGAAAGUCAAACGUGUCAAAUUUUUGGUUUAAUAAUUCUGCCAUAUUUGCAGGACCUUGGUUUUUGCUACCACGGCCAACAUGAUGUAAGAACUUUUCCUCUCUAUGAGAUGAAUAUCAGUUACACAGAGUGAAAAGGAUGUGAACUGCAGAAAUACAAAUCUAAAUGAAUAAUUUGAAUUUGUAUUUCCACAGUUCACAUCAUCUUCCUUCUGUGCUUCAUUCCUUUCAUGGAUUAAGGUGAAUGCAAUGAAUUCGCCUGCCCGCAAUGUAUGGGUCUCUGUAGCUCAGUUGGUAGAGCACACUGCAGAGCUAACAUAGAGGCCAUACUUUUGAAUCCUGUUGAAGCUCCAAAAUUUUUUUAGGCUUAAUUUUGCAGUUGCUUAAAUUGUGAUUGCAACUGGGGCAGUCAUUUCUUUAUUUAGGAUAUCUGUUACAGUUUAUAAACUUGUGCUAAAUUUUUGUGCCAAAAACUAAAAUGACCACCAUUGAAUGGAAUGAAAUUUAAACAUGUUGUAAUCCUGUUAUUCAGUUGCAGGAAAACUUGUUCCUCUGGCUCCAAACCAACUUUUAUCACUGCCCCAGUCUUUGGUGGCAAAUUUGCCUGUUUCUGUGGUAACAGGACAGAUUACUGCUGCUUCUCAAGCUUCCACAUCUCAUGUUACUGUUUCUCAGAGUACAAGUAGUGCUGGGUCCCAGGUAAAAGUAGCUAAUGUCAACAUCACUGCAGGAAAUUCUGGUGUAGUUCCACUUACAUUGGCUAACAGAACUGUAAAUAUAAAUGCCAAGGAUGUUGCCUCUGUUAAUGCCGGUGCCAUAACAACCCAAAUGACACAUUGUGCUGCUGUUUCUACAUUGCCAUUACUAACAAGUUUUGCAAAUUCUGGUCUGUCAUCUUUAAAAGACACAAGUUUACCUACUGUUGUUCCAGUAACUACAUCACAAACCCCUUCUAACAACACACAAGCAAUGCCUUCUGUUUCUUUCACUAUGCAAAGUACAAUUCCUUCCGUUUCAAUUCAUAAGAACAUCAUAGUUACAGCUCCAACUGGCAGUAAACCAGUUAGUAAUUUCAUUGACUCUACAGUGAAUUUGAUGAUGCCUCCUCAAGGAGCCUUGUCUGUCAACACUGUCGCAAAUGCUGUCAGUGCUGGAAAACACCAGUUAACAAAUGCCUCAACAUCAUUGUCAUCGAAUUCAGUGCAAAGUUCAACUUCAACAAACUUUAUGAAUGUACCAUCAAACAUGCCACUCCCUCCAUCCACUGUAAGUACUUCAUCACUAGCAACACCAUCAGUAAAUUUGUCUACCCAAGUUUUACCAUCAUCAAGCAGCUACUCUCCUCCCAGCACAAGCGUGAGAGAUAAUAUUCCAUGGAGUACAAUCUUCCAAACUUCAGGAAAUGCUAGUAGAAUGUCCUCACAGACACACACUGCUCAAUCAUCAUCCGUGCGAUCAACAGAUGUUCAGUUCAGCCAAACUUCAGUUACAGACACUACUUCAGCACCUUCUCCUUGCCCAUCUCUUUCUUUGAUAGACUCAACGGUUACAUCAUCUGCUCCAGUGGACACAAGUUUGGAUAUAUGUGCCAUGGCUGACAACAGCACCGCACCUUCACUCAUGAGUCCACAAAGCCUUCAGUCAAUUCUUCAGUCCAUGCUUAGUCAAACUGACAUUCAGCUCCUUUGGAACACAAUGCUGAGCUCGCCAAUGAUGGCCUCGCCCAUCUUCAAACAGGCUGACACAUCAAACAGCUCCGCUACAACAACAUGUACAGCAACCGAUUCCCAACCCAAACUAUCUCCUGUUAAAAUUGGGACAGAACAGUUCACAACACAGCCAAGCAAUGGCAAUGUGGAGGAUGCUGGGGUAUCACAGCAAACUAGCGUUAUUCCUGAGAAUAUCCACGAUGCAUUGAGCGAUCUAAAUGUACAGGAAGUCCAAGAGGAAGCUGGGUUAGCAGAGGAAGUGAUUUUCUCAAGCAAAUUAUCCUCCUACGCAAAAGCAACUGGCAGUGGGUAUGGUAUAGGACGAUUCAACAUCAAUGAACUUCUCAAUGAUGCUGGCAUAAUUCAGGAUCCUUUAAACCUGUGAGUACCGGUUUUUUGUACAGGUUCUUAUUUAUAUCGCCGCUUUUGCAUGUGGGGAAGAUUAAGAGAAAUCCUGUGUACUGAUAUACAUCGUAACAAAAUAUUUCUCUUGUUGCAGGAGCGUAGAGUCCAUAUACGCACGUACGCCCGUACGUACAUGUACAGCUGCAAUAUGGAAAAAAAAUUAUUUUCUAAAAUCCUUUUUUAUCAUUAAAUCGGGAUAACUGAUACAUUUUUGUUUGCCCCAUAUUGGUGUCUUUGUGUCGGUAUUUCCUUUAGCCUCUAAUUAUUCCCAUGAUAAUUCUGAUGGCGUCGCUGGCCUUUUUUGCCGGUAAACACCGUACCUUACAGUCAACACUAGGAUGAGUAGAAUAAACAAUUAGCUACUGCAUUUUCCUGGGUAUUAAUUUACGGAAAAUAUCCUGCGGAAAACGCUGCAAAUUGCGAGCUCUCUCCUACACAGAGGCUCCCACUGGGUAUUACAUAAGGGAGCUUAAGCAACGACGACGGCAUCGAGAACGGUAAAAAAGCAAUUGGUUUAGAUUGGCAAAACAAUAGCUUUGCACGUGCAUCACGCUUAUUUCUUUGUUGCACGACUACAAUGUGAAAGUGCCAAAUUUCACGUUUUGUGGAGGACGUGAACACAGGACAACGACUUUCUUUUUAUUUUCCUGAACUUUGAUACAGUCUUUUAGAAUUCAACUCCAAAAAAACGGGCCAACAUUUGACGAAUUGAACGAGUUGGAAUAAGCGCAAUAAAGUUUGAAGAAGCACGAAUUCACUUUUUAAGUGACGUUUUCGUAGCCGUUGCAGAGGAGAGAGGUGAAAUAGCGAGUGAGCGAAAAACGGCCGGAACAGAGAAGGGGGGAGCUUGUAAGCAUCUUGUUAACCCUUUGGCCCUAAGAUCAAAAUUUGAAUUCUCAUUUGUUGCCCCUAUUCAUUUCCUACAGAAGUAGUAGGGAGAAGUUGACAAAUUAUAUCAGGUACACAGAUUAUCAAGCAAAUUCGUCUUGUGUGAUCAUGUCCGUAAUUCUCAUGACCACUCUGUUUUACAAUGCAUUGAUAUUACAAGGAGAAAUUUGAUGCUGAUCACUCUUAGGGCUUAAAGGGUUAAAUACCUCAAUCCACCCACUUCCCCAACUUCCUAAAAACCGUUUCUCGUGUCAAUAUGUAGCCUGGAAAGGCUAGGCCCAAUGUAAGGAGUGAAAUCGGGGUGAUGAAUAUUUCUCGUACUUGUUUCAGAUCUAGUCCUUAUAAAGAUGCAUGCCUGACCCUUCCCGCAAGCUUACCAAACAGUCCAUCACUAUCAGCCUCACUGUUAUCUGAUUGGUUAGAUGGCAAGGACAUGCUUCCAACAGACAUGGAUGAGAUACAGAAAGAGCUGGAGUCAAACUCCGUACUGGCUCUCUUCCAGGAGAUGGAUGAUACAUAGUGCAUUUUAUGUGCUGGAAGAGAUCUUUACGAGGGGCCCUCUUUUUUCUUACGGAAAGACAAAUAUUGGCUGGCGGGACUGGCCAUUUUGAAAUUAAAAUAAGUCAAAGAAGAUUCCAUCAGAGUCGAUGUGUUAGCAGUAGAUCCGAUGGACUCCACUGGACGACUUUUCAACCCUCCUCAGGGUAUUGUUUACACUUCCGGUUUCAUCUUAUGUCUGGACUUCCGCUUCUGACUCCGAUGGAUUCCACUUGACAAUUUUUUAACCCUCCACAAGGUUAAAUUGUACUUCCGGAGUCAUUUCAUGGCAAGACUUCUAGUUACUCCAUUGGACUCCAGUUUUUGUCCAGUUGAAUCCAGUUGAGAGUAUUGGACAUGGCUGGAUUUUUGCGCUGAGCGCACUAUUUAGAAUUAGACUGACCUGGCUGGGCAGACCUGG